AUGCGUGCGGCCAAGCUCGCCAUCCCUAUGGUGAAUACCGCACCCGUCCCUGCCCUUAAGCCUGCUGCUGAGCCUACUAUAGCUGUUACUAUGGGAGCGCCUCCGUCGCUUACUCCUAAGUCUUCUGGCUCCUAUAUACGAUCUGAACGUCUUCCCGACCCUGAUAAGUUUAAAGGGGAACGAAAGGACCUCCGCCGAUUUAUUUCCUAG